AGCUCUACGCCUUACGGUCCCUUGUCCAUCCGAUCGAACUGAUCCAUGAUGCUGGGAAGCCUCUUGGUGCUUGCCUUUGGCAUCACCAGCCAUGCCACGUCGACCGAGACCUGCAGUGUGCCAGGCUCCUGUCCCAGCAGGAGUGCCGGAUCCCUCUUCAUCCAAAAGCAGACGAAGCCCACGAAGAGCGGAGGCUUGACGGAGCUGGAAUUGGCCACGUCCAAAGUGCCCACGUGCCCGGAAACGCUUGAUGGGACGAGCUUCGGGAAGGUCUCCACCUCUCAAGUGGAUGAAUGUUCGGGUUUGGCCGCCAGCCGCAAGAACCACGACCUCUACUGGGUGAACAACGACUCGGGAGCAGGUCCUACUUUGUAUGGCAUCCGAAAGAACGGCCAGCACGUGGCACGUCUUCGAAUAGAGAACGCUGGAAGCAAUGACUGGGAAGACAUUGCUGUUGGCCCAGGACCGAAGAACGGCAAGUCAUAUAUUUACAUUGGGGAUUUCGGCGACAAUGGCCGUCACCGCGGGACGGUGCAAAUCUAUCGCGUCGAAGAGCCUGUGGUGGAAGGUUGGCGUGACCGCAAUGAUGACAUCAGGCUCCGUGCGACCCGUUUCGAUGUCACCUAUCCCAACGGCAAGAAAUAUGACUGCGAGGCCAUGUUCAUCGACCAGGGCAAGGGCGCCCAAAAAGCGGGCACCGAAGGCCGUGUGUACAUCAUCACCAAGGGUGACAACCGGAAUGGCGACCCACAAUGGCGUGGAGGCGACUUGUUCUACGUGGACUUGCCAGAACAGUCCGGCUGGCACAACUGGCAGGCGACGAACGUGCGCCUCAGCGUGGUCCUGGCCACGGGCGCUGACAUGACGCCACGCGGAAGCCUCAUUGCCGUGAGGACCUAUGGUGAGAUCAUGAUGUGGCCCAGACCUUGCGAGUGGACUGUGGAGGAAGCGCUGAGCAAAGGCCCUUGUGGCGUGAAGAGCAAGAACGAGCGCCAAGGUGAAGCCAUUGCCUUCGGCAAGGAUGGCAAGCACUAUAUCACCGUCAGCGAAGGUAAGUACCCCAGCGUGUGGUUCUUCGGCAUGACACAAAGAUUCCAGGACCGGAUGAUGCACAUGGCCAUGGAGGAGGCCCAAAACAUGGCCGAAGCUGGUGCGGUCAAGGAGAUCGCCCGAGGAGCCCCAGCCCUGAGACUCCUGUGGCCGAGAGGUCUUUUUUUGGAGUCGUUGCCGGCGAAAUGGUAGGGACCGGUGGAUGGUGCGAGGCUGAGAAUCAUCAAAUGAGCGUGGCAGAGGAC